AUGGCUAUGUAUACACGACUACCGACCAGCAAGGCGGUACAAAAGCUCGAUCACCCCAUCGGCAUCCGACAAGAGCAUAUCGCCGACUCGCAAACACUGCUAUAUCUCCAACCCAAAUACGACCAACUAUCGCCCAACGAAUACACACUGCGCCGAGACUGGGAUAACUCGACAAUAUUCACGGUGACGGGCAAGAAAUACGGCGACACCCCGGUGCGUGAGUUCCGCAAUUCGUCCGGGCUGCCGUUGUUCGAGGCGCACCGGGUAGUCCCCACGUGGAGACGGCCCUGGCGGGUGCGGCUGCCCGGCAGCGAGGGGACGGAACUGGUGGAGAUCAAAACGGGGUGGCAAUCCCGUUUGCAUUUGACGUUUCGCGAUGCGGCUGCCACGGAUUCCAAGGAGGAGAGUGAGAAGAUGGUCCGCGUGGAGAUCCAGCAGAUGGUGACAUUUGCCUGGCAUGAGUUCACGGCAUGGGUGGAAGGCAAAAAGGUGGUUGAUAUCCGUGAAAACAUGCAUCUGAAUAAGACUAUCGGCACCAUCUACAAUACUCGGUCAUGGGCGCCGACGCUGCCACCUCGGCCCGUCCUCGAUGUGCUUGUGGCCGAGGGAUUUGACUUGUCGUUGGCGGCUUUGAUAGCAGUAAUUAUGUCGGACAUGGCAUUCAGUUCAACACCCGGUCCUCGGUAG